AUGGAGGUGUGGACUGCGCUGCUGCUGGUCGUAAUCCAGCGAUCCGUCGCAUCGGACCUGGUCACUCAGCUGGACACCGAGUUACGUCACAUCAACGCUCAGGCAGCAGCUGUGACCUGGAACCUCGCCGUGGAUCCUGACUCAGUACCCUCGCGCGUGGUCACCCGAGCGGCCGAGUGGCACACCGCGUGGCGCAACGCUUGGUGUGACCAGGGUCGCGCUCUGACGGAAUUGGCCCCACGUCAGAUGUACCUCUUAUGCAGAGGACCCAAGUACACACCGCACCAAGCCAGCGAGCUGAACGCAAAACUCGGGUUACUGCAGAACACCUAUUCUAGGGCACACGUGUGCCGUCGUGACGUAUGCUACCGCGGGGAACCGGACCUCGAGCGCCUCAUGGCAGAGUCUCGUGACCCAGCCGAGUUGCUGUGGGGCUGGCAGGAAUGGCGACGUGCCGUGGGUCCACCGUCCAAGCUCCUAUACCCAGCCGUCGUAACCCUCAUGAACCAGGGGGCAAGAAACAACGGCUACCGGGACAUUGGGGAGUGCUGGCGAGAGGAACUGGAGACACCGAAUCUGGAAUAUGUUGUGGAGGAACUCUACAGCCAGGUGGAACCGCUGUACACUUUGCUGCAUGCGGUUGUUCGCUUCAAGCUUGUUCAACUUUACGGGGAAGAGACUGUACCUCCCACAGGACCUAUCCCAGCUCAUCUCCUAGGUAACAUGUGGGCACAGAACUGGGAGACGCUGCUAGAUCUGUUGAUACCUGGACAAAAUAUGAUCAAUCUGACCUCCACCCUGCGUGCACGGAACUACUCCACUAUUGACAUGGUGCGGCACGCAGAGGACUUCUACACAUCUCUAGGACUUGAACCCAUGACCCGAAGCUUCUGGAUACACUCGCAGAUAGAGAGACCUACGGACACCAAUGGCACCUGCCAUGGCACUGCUGCCAACAUGUACCAACCAGGGGACUUCAGGAUGCUGCUGUGUGCCGAGGUGAACGCAGAAGAUUUUUAUGUCAUUCACCACGAGAUGGGCCACAUCGAGUACUACAUGGCGUACAGAAACCAGCCUGCUGUGUUCCAGGAAGGCGCAAACUCAGCGUUCCAAGAGGCCGUGGGGGAUUCAAUCAUGUACGCCGUGAUGGCACCUCAACACUUGCAGCGGCUGGGACUCAUAAAUGACACCACCCGGGACGAGAGUUUAGUGUUGCUACUGCGACAGGCCCUCGCCAAGCUGCCUCAACUGCCAUUCGGCCUGUUAUUGGACAAAUGGCGAUGGAGUGUAUUCAGAGGAGACACGUCCCCAAAGCAAUAUAACACAGAUUGGUGGGCGCUCAAGAGACGCUACCAGGGAAUCAUGCCUCCUGUACCCCGAGCAGAGGACGACUUCGACCCAGCUGCUAAGUUCCACAUCCCUGAUAACACACCCUAUAUAAGGUACUUCUUGAGUGAUAUUCUACAAGCUCAAAUGUUUAAGGGUAUGUGUGAGGCAGCGGUGCUUGGUCAUGUUGGUACUGGUAAGACACUGCCAAUGCCUCUCCAUCACUGUGACAUCUAUGGUUCCAAGCAGGCUGGCAACAGGCUCAGAGCGAUGAUGAGUCUUGGGAGCAGCCGACACUGGAGCAAAGCACUCCAGAUCCUCACAGGAAGUACUCGAUAUGAUGUCAAGCCAUUACUGCAGUACUACGAGCCAGUACAUCGCUGGCUGCGAGAUCAGGUUGAGCAGUAUAACAUACCAGUGGGAUGGGAUUAGGAUGCGUGUGUGUACAUCUUCUGACAAAAUACAGAAAAUAAUCAGCUUA